AUGUCGACUCCAGCGGACCGACGCGAAAUUGUCAUUGUUGGCGGUGGAAUCAUUGGAUGCUGCUCUGCGUACUAUCUCACCAGACACCCAUCAUAUGAUCCUGCCCGCCAUAAAAUCACGCUCAUUGAGGCCUCUGAAAUCGCAGGCGGGGCAUCUGGAAAAGCGGGUGGCAUGCUCGCACAAUGGGCCUACCCGAGCAACAUCGUCGGUCUCAGCUACAGACUGCAUGCAGAACUAGCCAAGGAGCAUGAUGGAAUCAACCGAUGGGGUUACAGAGAGGUUAACUGCGGUCAAUUGGUCGUGAGGGGCCGAGCCCUGACUGAGAAAAGCGCAGGCAAAGCCGAGGGAGGAAACUCGGAAUCUCUUCAAAAGCGAAGUGCGGCCGCGAUCUCAAAACUCAAGUCUUCCAAGACUCCCCAGGACUUGGACUGGAUUGAGCCGGAGCUUUUGCAAGCAUAUGAGAGUAUGAGUGGUCCGGGCGAAACUGCACAGGUGCACCCUUAUCAAUUUACCACGUCGAUUGCGAAGCUUGCUCAAGAGAAGGGGGUGAAUAUUGUUCUUGGACAAGUCACGGACAUUGCCCGCACAAAGGAUUCUGUUGAAUCCGUGACGUACACUGAUAAAUCGUCUGGGGAGCCACAAACCAUCGCGGCUACAGAUGUGCUUGUUGCUGCUGGCCCUUGGACGAAGACGAUUCUUCCGGAAGUCCCGAUCUCAGCAAUGCGGGCCCACAGUGUUGUCAUCCAGCCCAAGGAGCCUGUCAGUGCAUACUGCCUAUUCACGGAGAUUGAGAUCCCAGCAAACUUCAACCCAGAGAAGAAAUCACGACCCACUGUGGCUGCUCCGGAGAUUUACGCCCGCCCAGAUGCCACGGUUUAUGCAUGUGGUGACGGUGACAGGACAGUCCCAUUGCCCAAGACUUCUGCGGAUGUCGAGGUUGAUCAGCAGCGUUGCCAGGAUAUCAUCGACCAGGUCGGAAGCAUCUCUGAUGAGCUGCGUGAUGGCGAGGUUCGUGCUCGUCAGGCUUGUUAUCUUCCAAACUGUGAUUCUGGCGGUGGCCCACUUGUUGGUUUAACUGGUGUCAAGGGCCUCUACCUUGCAGCUGGACACACCUGCUGGGGCAUCCAAAAUGCUCCUGGUACAGGCAAGCUCAUGAGCGAGUUCGUCUUUGAUGGUAAGGCGAAGAGUGCGAAGAUUGGAUCGUUGGACCCUCGGGACUUUAUGUGA